UUUCCCUUCCCUCGUUCGCUGACUCUAUCCACUUCGGCAACACCCAAAAAUCUCGAGCAGCGUGGUGAAAUCCAAAACCCCCACUCCUCCGACCGCCCGCCGCCGCUGCAUGCUCCCAUGGCGCUCGUCUCCACCACCACCGUCGCCUCGUCGUCCUCCUACCACUGCGACCCGCUCUUCCCGUCCGCCGCCCGGAGCUGGUGCCGCCCCAGGAGCCGCGGCGGCGGCGGCCGCCGCCGCGCCAGGCUCUCCGUACCAUCCGCGAGGCUGAGCGCGCCACCAUCCGCCUCCGCCUCCACGGGGGAGCGGGACAGGUACUCCUACGAGGUGGACUCCCUGAUCGACCGGCUCAGCAACCUGGCCCCGCGGGGCUCCAUCGCGAAAUGCCUCGAGACGGCGCGGCACCGCCUCACCCUCCAGGACUUCGCCGCCGUGUACCGCGAGUUCUCCCGGCGCGGCGACUGGCAGCGCUCCACGCGCCUCUUCAAGUACAUGCAGCGCCAGUCGUGGUGCCGCCCCGACGAGCACAUCCACGCCAUCGUCAUCGGCGUGCUGGGCCGCCAGGGCCCGGCGCUCCUCGACAAGUGCCUCGAGGUCUUCCACGACCUCCCCGCCGACGCCCGCACCGCGCUCUCCUACACCUCCCUCAUCGCCGCCUACGCGCGCAACGCGCUCCACGAGGAGGCCCGCGCGCUGCUCGACCAGAUGAAGGCCGCCGGGGUCGCCCCCACCGCCGCCACCUACAACACCGUGCUCGCCGCCUGCGCGCGCGCCGCCGACCCGCCCGUGCCCUUCCACGCGCUCCUCGGCCUCUUCGCCGAGAUGCGCCACGACGCGUCCCCGGCCGUGCGCCCAGACCUCACCACCUACAACACCCUCCUCGCCGCCGCCGCCGUGCGCGCGCUCAGCGACCAGGCCGAGAUGCUGCUGCGCACCAUGCUCGAGGCCGGCGUCUCGCCGGACAACACCUCCUACCGGCACAUCGUGGCUGCCUUCGCCGGCGCUGGAAACCUCUCCCGUGUCGCCGAGCUGUUCGGCGAAAUGGCCGACACGGGGCACACCCCGGACCCUUCCGCGUACCUCGGCCUCAUGGAGGCGCACACGCGGAUCGGCGCCACGGCAGAAGCGGUGGCGGUGCUGCGGCAGAUGCAGGCCGAUGGAUGCGCGCCCACCGCCGCAACCUACCGUGUCCUGCUCGACCAGUAUGGAAAACAGGGGCGGUUCGAUGGCGUGCGCGAGCUCUUCCGGGAGAUGAGGACCGCCGUGCCUCCAGACACGGCAACCUACAAUGUGCUCUUCAACGUGUUCGGGGACGGCGGAUUCUUCAAGGAGGUGGUGGAGCUCUUCCACGAUAUGCUUCGUACCGGCAUAGAACCGGACAUGGAGACCUGCGAAGGUGUCUUGGCUGCGUGUGGCCAGGGUGGUCUCCACGAGGAUGCCAGAGAAGUUCUUGAGUAUAUAUCAAAAGAAGGAAUGGUGCCUACUGCAAAGGCCUACACUGGCCUAAUUGAGGCGCUCGGUCAUGCAGCCAAGUAUGAGGAGGCCUACGUUGCAUUCAACAUGAUGACUGAAAUCGGUAGCUUGCCAACGAUAGAGACCUAUAAUUCUCUUGCAAAUGUGUUUGCCAAGGGUGGGCUUUUCCAGGAGGCAGAGGCCGUCUUUUCUCGGAUGACCAACAGCGCUGGCAUUCAGAAAAACAAAGAUUCAUUUGAUGCCCUCAUCGAAGCGUACUGCCAGGGUGCACAGUUAGAUGACGCUGUGAAGGCAUACAUGGAGAUGCGCAAGUCCAGGUUUAACCCAGAUGAACGCUCCCUUGAGGGGGUACUCGAUGCCUACUGCAUAGCGGGGGUUAUAGAUGAGAGCAAAGAGCAGUUUGAGGAGAUCAGAUCUGACAUGACUGUGCCUAGCAUUAUUGCUUACUGCAUGAUGCUGUCACUAUAUGCUAGGAACGACAGGUGGGCUGAUGCUUAUGAUCUGCUGGAAGAAAUGAAAUCAAAUCGUGAUAGUAAUACACAUCAAGUGAUUGCCUCUAUGAUAAAAGGGGAGUACGAUGAUAGCUCCAAUUGGCAAAUGGUCGAAUACGUCCUCGACAGCAGUAACUUGGAAGGAUGUGACUACAGUUUACGAUUUUUUAAUGCUCUCCUUGAUGUGCUUUGGUGGUUCGGACAAAAGGCUCGGGCUGAAAGAGUUCUAGAACAUGCGAUAAAUUAUGGACUCUUCCCUGAAUUAUCCCGUGAUACUAAGCUGAUCUGGUCUCUUGAUGUACAUAGGAUGUCGGUUGGUGGAGCAUUGGUGGCUGUGUCAGUAUGGCUCAAUAAACUUCAUACCAGACUAAAAGCAGAGAAAGAUCUUCCCCAACUGGCCUCUGUUGUUGUAUUUUUUAUGACUGCCAGGAGAGGGAAAAUGGAGAAAAGCACGGUCACAAGAGGACUGCCGAUCGCAAAAGUCGUGUACUCCUUUAUCAACGAUACACUGUCAUCAUCCUUCCAUUACCCAAAAUGGAACAAGGGGCGGAUCAUAUGCCUGAAGUCCCAGCUGAAAAAGGUGCAAGCAGCCAUAGAUUCCUCAAACGGAGUGGCCACCCCAGGUUUUGUCCAGAUGACGGACUCCCGCUUGCCGUCUCCUGGCUCGAAAAUAUACACUCGGGAGGCCCAAGCCGAGAACGGCUCGGCCCAUGCCGCAGCCGAGUCAUUGGUGGAAGAAAAGGAGUCGGAACUCCUUGCACUGUGAGCUCUCAGGGUUUUGCAGAUAUGGUAUUAUCUGGCUGAACAAGGGAAGUUGAGGCGCAGGAAUAGCAGUUUUGGGGUUUGGGCAUUCAGAGAACGUCCGUGCCAUGCAUUUGCAGUGCCUCGCUUGCUUCAACCAUACGCGGUCGAUGCGGCUGCAAAUCUUACGAAUCUUGUCUGGAACAGCCGUACGUGCAUGCAAGAACUCCUGAAGCCUUGGACAGUGCUGGACUACAGGUGCAUCGCAGGUUUUUAGCUCAAUGUAGGUAGGAUCAGAUUCAGAUCACGCACUUGUUGUUUAGUGAUAGUUGCUCUGUAUGCCACUCGCGCUUUUAUACGGCAUGAUUCUCCUUUGAACAAUGCAAACCUGUAAAACAUGGCGGCCUCGCCUUCCUGACGAGCUCCAGCCAAACAUAUCAGUUGCUGGUGCGUUCUGGCGCAGGUAAAGUUAAGAGUUUUGCAGAACUGCA